AUGUCAGCUAAUUCGAUGUUUCUCAUUGCUUUAUUGUCAUACACAUUGAUAAAUCACUUAGUUUCAUGCAAGUAUUAUGUACGAUUGCACAAUGGCACGAAUGGUGCAUCUACUGAGGUGAACAAAAGCGUUGGCUCACUCUCACCACCAUGGAUACCUGGAUCUGUUUGUGUACCUUUGAUACAUGAUUCGAAGGGACAGCCCCCAUACUGGCGUUUAUAUGAAGACGUCAACUACUCUGGUAAAGACACUGCUAUUGGACAUGGUGCCUGCAUUGAUGACUUCAUGAAAUCCGGAUUGAGAAGGAUUUCCUCCAUUCAAAAGUGUGUUUAUAAGAAAAAUGAAACGGUUUAAUAUACACAUAAAUCGAACAAUGGGACGAAAUCUUGUCGAUGCUAAUCAAAGAAUAUAAUACGCUUAUGAUUUUUGUGUGCUCUUAACUAAAUAUAUGCAUAUGAACUCAUGAAAUCGGUAUUCUGAGAGGUUCCAAACAAUGUGUAGUUUUUGGCAAACAUCGGCUCGUCACGUCAUCGGAUAUAAUGUAAUUAAUCUGUGUGGACGUUGUUUGGUCGACCAUCAUUUACAUAGUUUGUGACCUAGUGAAGUGCAUCACUCGAAUACUUAACACGCUGAACUAGGUUCGCCGUUACUGUUAUGGCGUCAGUUGUAGCCAACAUAGUUCGUUUUACUUCUGCUUAGUUGAAUACUGUCGCUAAUACGAAAUCGUCAUUGAUCGUUCGGUCUGAACUGAUCAAUCUCGAUAAUGAGUUAGUCUGUUCGAAUCUGGUCGUUGACGUACACUUGAUAGUAAAACCAUAACCAAUAAGGAUUGUAGACCUUCGCUACAAGUGAUCUCUAGGGUGUACAUUGAGAUGUUAUUCUUCGAACCGAAAAUUGACGGGAGUUGCUAUCGGUCUGUUAAGAGAGUGAGACGUCGUGUAUGAUACUGGAAUUCUGCGUCUGCUACUUUCUACAGAGCACAGGCCGUCGAUCAUCAUUCUCCAACCCACUCCGUUCUUGGUCUUUCCUUCUAGUUCUAUCCAAUUGUUGUUCAUUUUUCUCAUGCCUGCCUCCAUUUCUCGGAGUAAUGUGUUGAUUCGGUCUUCCACUUCUUCUUUAGCCUUAAUAAACUCAGUUCAAUUUUAUUUAAAUUUCACUGUUUGUGGAGAUCAAAUUUAAUUAUUUUCGGAUUUCCAGUGUAUACAUACCAUAUAUCAUAUUUAUUUGAAUUGACAGUGGUUAACAAAUCUCGCUUGUACAGUAACCAUUAUCGUAAUAACAUCUAGUGAACGAAUUUCCAUUUGAAAUGCUAGAUAGUAUUCACUCAAUAUUAGUCAGUAAGUGAAUGAACUUCAAUGGUCCAACACUAAAUUUGAAGUAAAAAUCAAUCUUUAAAAGAGACGUUUACCAAUAAUUAUGAGACUGUGAAUUUUUAAAAUAAAUGUUGAGCUUAAUUAUCCACUGACCGAAUAUAUCCAGUUGUUCGACAUACAAGAAACAUAUAUUCCAAUAGACCCUCAUAGUGAUGAUUCAACAAAUCGUUGAAACAGAAUUUGAAACAUUUAUUCUCUCUCGUCUCUAAGAAAUCAUUACGAAUAAUCACAAUAUUUAUUGAAAUGACCAUUCUUAAUCAUCAUAACUAUGAUGAUGUAUCAAUUGUUACGUCGGUCAUACAUUAGUGGCAUAUGUCGAGUUACUUACUUUUCAUUAAUUUUCAAACGUUGUAUUCAUUUUUCAUCCAGAGGUUUUCAAAGAAUUUAUAUUGAGGAGAUUUCCUACAGGUAUUCAGUCUUCUUGUGGAUAUUACUUUGAAACAAUUAUCAAUAUAAUUCAUUUAAUAUUGAAUACAAAGUCUUUAAUUAUAAAAUAAUAGUUGGGUUCCUAAUCAGCAGUUUAGAGGUAGUGCGAGAGCGCGAGAUCGAUGCUUGUUUCGAUUGACGGUUAAGGUGUUUGGGAUUGAAUUUGCCUUACGGAUAUUCUACCGGAACAAUAAAUGCGAUACUGGCGACCCAGAGUCUAUGUGGAAGCUAUAGUCAGAACAAGGCAACUUGACCUUAAACUUUAUUUGUUUCUAAACGUGAAAACAAUUCGACUGGUAGAAUAAUUAAACAAAUUGUGGUCUUUAAGUGGAACGCACGAACAUACCGACCAGUACUGCGUUUAAGCAACGAUUUGAUUGGUCGGGUAUGGUUAUAAGUAUCAUGUAGUCAUGGAUCAUCCCUAACAUGGAUUGCCGAAUUCGGAUCGUGUCUCCGUCCAAUAUUUACCAGCUUCCAAUACUGGACUUUCCGUGUUCAACUCGAUAUUUAUGAUGUGAAAAUUGAACGGUUGCCAUCAAACUCAACUGAAUUCCAGUUAAAAUUUGUUUGGUCGUAGUUGUCUUCCUAAUAACAACAAUAAUCACAACGACAUUCACCAUGAACAAGAACAUUGUGUGAAACACAAAAAAGCUAUGUAUAAUGAGUAAUAGCAACAGUC